AACCAGAGACCGCGCCGUUGCAGUCACUUAUCGUGCCAUUGUUGUAGUACCCCACCAUGGGCUCCUCUCUGCUCUCCGAGCCACGACGCAAACGAAAGCGCACCGCCAGGGCGACUGCCUCCUUCAGGCUAAACUAUGGCACCGCGGGGAAGAACGAAGGGACGCGCUGUGCUAGGUGCCUGCCCUGGAUUGCCGGGAUGUUCGGCCUCACCAUGGCUGUCGUUGUUUGCGUGAGAAACGGGUUCAAAGACUUGGCCAGAGAGAAAGCAAGGGACGCGCGGCUCGGGCGGGCAGAGGACCACGCAAAGUCUCAUCCUCUGGCACUGCUCCUCGAGGGGCAGCACGAUAUCGGGUCCCAGGCCGCUCGUUUCGCGGAUCCGGAUGGACAUUGCCUGUACCCCUCGCCCGGCGCUGAUCAACCGACCGCCGAGAGACUGGGCGUGUUCACCUGCUUGGCGGACACGCCGUUCUUCCUGCGAGCCCUGGCGGAGUCGUUACGGUUCCGUUUCUUGGUGGUCGUAGAUGUCGGCAGCGUGUCUCUUCGUCAUGGUCUUCCUGCUUCACCACCUGGGUUGGGCGCGGCGCUCACCGGACUAGAAUCGGAGAUGUUUCCUGAGGCACCGCAGCUACAGGCGCAAGUAACGGCCGGCGAGGACCCGCUCCCGGAUAACGCCGAUCUGAUCCUCAUUGAUGUACACAAGGAAGUGCUGUCUGCAGAUGACUGGGUGGACCUGUUUCGCUCCUUGAUGCGGGCGUUAUCAGAUGACGGGGUGAUUGUAAUCCGCGGCCCGCGGGAGCAAGUAGACGCGACAACGGGUGCGGGGAGGAACGAGGGAGCGGGGUCGACAAUUCGCGCUUGGUACGGAAGCGGACACUUGUGGGACGCGGUGACGGCUCUCGCGUGCGACCAAGUUGCCGCUGCUGCUGCUGUUGGUAAUUUAGACGGGGGCAUCAUCGUGCUACGACACGCAGCACCUGGCGAAAUAGAUCUCGAGACUGUAAAGGCGAGAUGUGGCCGUAACCACCCAGGGCAACAAGGGGGGGGCGUAGCAAAGGGGGCGGUGGCGGCAGCCCCACCCCACCCAUUGCGAUUCGAAAGACUUUUCCUAUGGUCGACCGCACCGAGUGACAUAACCACAGCUACGGCGAUCGAGGCUGUUCAGGCCAUGUUCGGCGGAGCGAACGAGGUGCGGAAAUACGCCCGGCGAAGGUACGACCGAUCGGUGUGCUUGAACACCCUGAACACCGUCGCCACCGGCGAAGCUGUGGCUUGGAGCGAAGCAUCGUUAGAAACGGAAAGCAUGGGCGGUGGGCACCUCCGCGCCGAACCGCGGCACAUCCGCCACAAGAGUGUGCCACAAAGCGGCGCCGCACCCCAGUGGCACUCCGCUGCACGAGCGUGCCUGGAGACGCACUUGGAGGAGCACCCGCAGGAUGUGCGAGCCGGGUUCGCGCUCGAGAUGGUGCUUAGGGCGACCGGGGGCAGCGGGGUCGACAGGCAGGUUGACCGCCUUCGAACGAGAAUGACUGAAGAGAGUGGGCCGGCGGGAGGCCUCCUUUGGCGAGCGCUGCACGCGCGCGCGGCCGGUGUGGCGGCAACGGGGCUGCUCCUUUAG